AUGGCUGACAGCGUAUUCUCUGAAAAGAUGUCUGUCAACACCGCCGUCACAGCGGAUUCUAUCCGUGUCCUCUCGCUAAAUUGCUGGGGCCUCCGAUACCUCUCCAAGCACCGUGCCCGUCGCAUGGCCUACAUUGGCGACGUGAUUGCAAAGUCCGAUUGGGAGAUAGUUGGUCUCCAGGAAUGUUGGUCUUACGACGACUACAAGGUUAUCCGCGAAAAGACCAAGGAACUCCUUCCUUAUGGAAAAUUCUACUUUGGAGGCUCGAUCGGUGCGGGAUUGGUCAUUAUGUCGAAAUGGCCAAUUGAACAAAGUUCGAUGUUUAGAUACCCGUUGAACGGGCGGCCGACGGCGUUCUUUAGAGGUGACUUCUUUGUUGGGAAGGGGGUUGCUUCUGCGAUGAUCAAGCACGAGAGCGGACAUUAUAUCGAAGUCUUUUGCACACACCUUCACGCCCCAUACGAGGCAGAACCAAACGACUCGUACCUCUGCCAUAGAACAGCCCAAGCAUGGGAAAUAUCCAAGUUGCUCAGAGGAUCUGUUCAGAAGGGCCAUAUCACACUGGCGCUUGGCGACUUCAACAUGAUUCCCGAUUCCUUCGCUCACAAACUCCUUCGCUCUUACGGCCACAUGGCUGAUUCCUGGCUUUCCGUAUUCCCGGACACACCCGCGAUAUCCCCACCCACAUCGACCCCGGAGCAUAACACCCAAGUGAUGGGCUUGACUUGCGAUUCGGCCUUGAACACCUGGCGUCCAGAUCCACCCCCUAACCCGAAGAACCUCGACCCAUGGGCGAAACGUCUAGACUACAUCUUCCACUCUCCUCUCACAACAUCCGCUACAGCGGCCAAAGUGUGUUUUAUGGAAAAACUGCCCGAUCUAAAAUGCUCGCCAUCCGACCACUUUGGAAUUGACGUCACAAUCAAACUAACACCACCAGAGAAGAUUUCGUUCCCAGCGUUCCCUAAGGAUCUAUACGACGAUAUCCUCGAACUGGUCGAUACUUAUGAAAAGCGGGAGGAAAAACAACGAUUUUGGAGAAUGGCGCAUUUCUUUAUUCAGAUAUUCGCCACUAUCGGUAUUAUCAUCGGUAGUUGGUGGAUGCCUAGGGCUGCGGCACUUGCUCUCUGGGUUGCAACAUGGCUUUGGGGAAUCGGAAGUACAUUAGACGGAAUCAUGGGAUUCUGCUUCUUCAAUACGGAAAUCAGAGCAUUGAAGGAGUUCAGAGAAGAAAUCAAGAUGCAGAAGGCCAAGGUUGAAAGAGACGAAGCUUCUGGGCAAAGUGAACUUGCGGAUUUGAGACAGUGA